AUGAAGGUCUCGCAAUUGCUUGUGGCAGCAGCUCUGUUGGCCAGUGCAAAUGCUGGAGCAUGGAAAGUGUAUAACGACGACUCAUACACUCUUACCGGAUGUAAUGCUGCCAUGCUCAAGUCAGCGACAUUCUGUGGUGGUGGAAUUAAAACAUUUGCAUGUGCCUGCAAGAACCAGCCUGCUAUGGCUUCUGUGAUGCAGUGUCUUGCGGACAGAACCGACAAGGACCAAGAAGUGUUGAAAGAAUGGUUUGUCUACCAAUGUGCUGCCGUCAACAAGACCGUAACCGUCGAAGAAUUGGAUGCUUCCUACGAAAACGCAUCCGAUUACUGGGUCGAUCUUGACCACAAACCUGCCGGAUACAAUAAGUCCGCGAUCUCAUACCGUCCAGUCAAGAACGGUAACAUGACCAAGUACUUCACUGGAUACAUUGUCUCGUACAGAAAAAGAUAUGGAACCGUAGACAGGUCCCACUACCAAGGAAUGUCUUUGUUGUCUGCUUGGGCAUUGUUGCUUCUGAUUGCGACUCUUUCCAACUGGUUCACCAGAAUGAGCCCUGCCACCCUGAAGAGCAUGAACAACUCCUUGACCAGAAAGGCUCGUCAGUAUUUGGGUUUGGCCCCAACAUUUAGAAAGCAUCACGUUCAGUCUGUUGGUUUCUUUGGGUACAUACCAACCCGAUUUGAGAGUGUUGUGAUCCUGGUUAAUUUCCUGUUCCUGCUUUUCUGCAACACAAUUGGUUACAGUUAUGACCAGAGAGAUCUUGUCUUCACAUCCAAGAUGGGAGGUAUUUCCAGAUACAUCGGUGAUAACUCUGCUGUUCUUCUCAGUUACAUGACUCCUCUCGUCUUUUUGUUCCCAGGAAGAAACAAUUUCUUGCAAUGGUGUACUGGCUGGUCAUAUGGUCGUUUCGUUGCGUUCCACAAAUGGCUUGCCAGAUUGUAUAUGUGCGAGAUCAUCAUCCAUAGCGGUGCUAUGGCAGUUACAUCACAAGCUGUUGGCAAAUGGGCCACCAGAUUGGCCGUAUUUUGGUACAGAUGGGGUAUCGUUGCUUCUGUCGCUGGUGGUCUCAUGAUCAUUGGUGCUGGUUACACCGCCAGAAGAAUCUCCUAUGAAGUGUUCUUGCUUAUCCAUUUCGUUCUGGGUGGAAUUUUCUUGGCUGGUGCUUGGAUCCAUUGUCUAGACCAAGAAUACGAACAGUACUAUUACGCCGCCGCAGCUGUCUGGUGUUUCGACACUCUGAUCCGUUUUGCUAGAAUUGCCGUGUUUGGCGUCAGAACUUCUAAGGUUGAGCUGAUUGCCAACGAAACCCUGAAGGUGACAGUUCCAAGACCAGCAUUCUGGAAACCAUACCCAGGUGCACACGGUUUCGUGCACUUCGUCACUCCUCUUACUUUCUGGCAAUCGCACCCUUUUACGCUGGUGGAAUCUACUGUGCACGACCAAAAUAUCCACUUCUACAUCAAAAUCAAGAACGGUAUCACCAAGAAGCUGGCAAGCAGAAUCCAGAAGUCCGGGAAGGGCUUUACGAAUAUCCAUGUCUCGGUGGAAGGUCCUUACGGAGAGAGAAACCACUACGAACAUUACAACAAGGCUGUUCUUCUUGCUGGUGGAAACGGUAUUCCAGGCCCAUUCUCGCAUGCCAUGAUGCUGGGAACCAGAGACGUGGAGAAGACCGAGGUCAAGCUGUACUGGUCCAUCAGAGAAUACUACUCUUUGAACUGGUUCUUUGAUGAGCUGAUGAAAUUGAAGGGUACCAACGUGCAACCAGUCAUCUAUGUUUCUAACGCCCAAUCCAGUUUGGAAGGUGUUAACUUUGACUCAAGCUCGCAGAGCUCUAGUUCAAGUGACAACGAAAAGACCGAUUCUCAAGAGGAUCUGAAGGAUACCAGUACCAGCCAGUUGCAGAAGCUCAAGGAAACUUUUGGCUUCAUCGAGUUCAGAACUGGACGCAUAGACAUAGAAAAAGUCAUUUCUGAGGAAGUCGCCGAGGCUAACGGUUCUGUUGCUAUUGGUGUCUGUGGUCACCCAGCUAUGGCCGAUCAAGCAAGAGUUGCUGUUGCCCAUGCCAUCGGUGAAAACAAGAACAGAAUUGACUACUUUGAGGAGAUGCAAACCUGGUAA